CAAGUAUCCAUGUACAGGACAGCUAAUUGAGGAAGACCGACAAAUACUCAUCAAUGCCAGAAACAACAAAUGCACACCAGCCAGUCUUAUUUCGCUAAAAUCCCACCUCCACUCUUUCUCUUCACCAAAACCCUUCAGCGAAAAUCAUGGCUGGAGUACUUAACAUCCACAAUUUUCCUCUUCUCCAUUCAGUUCCUGGCAGCCGUAAAACACCCAAGAAGUCAAUUCCUACCAUUAGAGCUACCUCAGAGACCCCGACUUCAUCUACUUCUACUUCUACUUCUACUUCUACUUCUUUUACUGCACCACCCAAUUUCGAGCCACCAGAGCCAAAGCGGUUUGCAGUCAGACCCGACAAGACUUGGGAUAUUAUUGGAGCUUCUCUUGCCUUGAUUUUCCGGUUGGGUACUGGUGUUUUUGUUAAUGGGUAUUCUGUAUCUUUUGUUUCCAAGGAUGCAAUUCCACCCGACCAAUAUUCUCUGGAAGUAGCUGGUUAUAAAGUGAAAGAGACCUCAAAAUUAGGCCCUCGACCAGAAAAGCCUAUUGAGAUAUAUGAGUUUGAAGGCUGCCCAUUCUGUCGGAAGGUUAGAGAAAUUGUUGCAGUGUUGGACCUUGAUGUUCUGUUUUAUCCUUGCCCAAAAAAUGGUCCCAAUUUUCGUCCCAAGGUCGCUCAGAUGGGUGGAAAACAGCAGUUCCCUUACAUGGUAGAUCCAAAUACUGGAACUGCAAUGUAUGAAUCGGACGACAUAAUUAAGUAUUUGGUUCAAAAAUAUGGUGAUGGAAGUAUUCCUUUCACGCUGUCGCUUGGUCUUUUAACGACUCUGACCGAAGGUUUUGCCAUGAUUGGUCGUAUGGGAAAGGGGUCAUCUUAUACUCCAUCUAAACUGCCACCCAAACCACUUGAACUAUGGGCAUACGAGGGUUCCCCGUUCUGCAAGAUUGUUCGAGAAGUACUUGUAGAAUUAGAAUUGCCACAUAUUUUUCGAAGCUGUGCUCGUGGUAGUCCAAAACGACAGAUACUAUUUGAGAAAGCUGGGCAUUUUCAGGCGCCUUACAUUGAAGAUCCAAAUACUGGGGUCCAGAUGUUUGAAAGCGCAGAAAUUGUGGAAUAUCUAAAAGUAACAUAUGCAGCAUUUUAGAUAUGAAAAGGCUGCUUCAAUGAAGUGGCUGAAGUGGCCUCCGAAGUCCAGAACCUUUUCCUAUCAAUAUUGCUUCGUGAAUUCUGAUGUUCCAUUCCACAAGAACUGUUCACUCAAUAAGUCAAUAUUUACAAACAAGAGGUAAUUCAAUUAGGGAGAAUAUGUUGUUAAGGGCAUUGAACUAAAUAUUUGGGCUAUGUUUUGAUGUGGUGUGGGACCUUUUACAACUAAAAUCAUUUACCAAAUAAAAUAGCAGAUGCAGGACAAAAUUCCCUAUUUAAAGCAGAAGAACAGGCUAAAGGAUGGAACAAAACUCAUGUGAAGGCAUUCUGGACUUUGGAGGACUGAUGGAUAUGGCCCUCUGUGUGUGUGUGUGUGUGUGUGUUUGUUUUGAAGGGUGCGAACAAUUUGUGUAGAAAACCCAAACUAGUUUAUUGAGCUGACUACAGAAGGAAAUGAAGAAAUGUUGUUUA